GCUAAUGCCAAACACCCGGAGCAGUUUGAGCCACCAAACAAAGACUUUAUGAUUGUAGCACUGGAUCUGUUGAGCGGUUUGGCUGAGGGUCUUAACGGACAUAUGGAGUCAUUAGUGAUGUCCAGUAAUAUAAUGCAGUUGUUGUACCAAUGCAUGCAGGAUCCGAUGCCUGAAGUGCGCCAGAGUUCGUUUGCUCUAUUGGGAGAUCUGACAAAAGCCUGUUUCCAACACGUGAACCCUUGCAUUGGUGAAUUUUUGCCAAUUCUGGGCCAGAAUCUGAAGCCUGAAUAUAUAUCGGUGUGCAAUAACGCCACGUGGGCUAUAGGAGAGGUAGCCGUCAAACUGAACGCUGAUAUGAAGCCUUACGUAGCGAUGGUUUUAUCUCAAUUGAUCACAAUUAUAAAUCAACCGGGA